UGCUGACUAACGAGAACCACGGAGCGACUUGCAAGGUGUGCAAACGGAGCACGAGGUAUCAAAAUGCUCUGAUAAAGAAUCUGUAUUACAUACAAUUAAAUACUGUAAACGACGGCACAGACACCGACCUGGGGAGUCACCGCUACACGCCGCGAAUGGGCCCUUGCUGUCGGGGGGUUUCCUUGGCUUUGGAGGGCUAAGAGCGCAGAGAAGUAACUCCAUAGCGCAGAAGAGAAAGGAUGCAAGUUCGUCCCGAGGGUCCGAGUUGGCCCAGCGAGACGACGAGGCGAGGUGGUGGCAGCCGCAACGGUGGGCGAGCGGACGGCCCACGCGGCACCACCGCGACCCCCGGGAAGUUGCCGCAUCCCCUCAGCGGCCGCGAAGGCGGAGCCCGCAGCGCGCGCCCGCGGCCACCCUGACUCAUCGCAAUGUAGUCUUUGUGUGUAAUGGAAGGUUACUCCCAGUUUGAAGUCCAUCUUUUGCAAAAAUCACCAAGACUAAGGUCUUCAUGGAAACACUGGCUCUCAGCUGUCGGGACCUUGUCUGUUCUAGGUAUUUUCUGUUGUAUAUUCCCAUUUAUGGAGUACGCCAGCUCAGGUGGAGAUGCGCUGCUGAUCGGAACAAAGCAUUUCCCAACAGUGUGGAGUGGGGCCUGGUGUUUCCUGAUGCUAAUGGGGAAUACCAGUCUCCUAUUAACCUCAACUCAAGAGAAGCCAGAUAUGACCCGUCGCUGCUUGAUGUUCGCCUCUCUCCAAAUUACGUGGUUUGCCGAGACUGUGAAGUCACCAACGAUGGACACACCAUUCAGGUUAUCCUGAAAUCAAAAUCAGUUCUGUCAGGAGGACCAUUGCCUCAAGGGCAUGAAUUUGAACUGUAUGAAGUUAGAUUUCAUUGGGGUAGAGAAAACCAGCGUGGUUCUGAGCACACUGUUAAUUUCAAAGCUUUUCCCAUGGAGCUCCAUCUGAUCCACUGGAACUCCACCCUGUUCGGCACCAUCGACGAGGCGGUUGGAAAGCCACGCGGAAUUGCCAUCAUUGCCCUGUUUGUUCAGAUAGGAAAAGAACAUGGAGGCCUAAAGGCUGUGACCGAAAUUCUCCAGGAUAUUCAGUAUAAGGGCAAGUCCAAAACAAUACCCUGCUUUAAUCCCAACACUUUAUUACCUGAUCCUCUGCUGCGGGAUUAUUGGGUGUAUGAAGGUUCGCUGACUAUUCCCCCUUGCAGUGAGGGUGUCACCUGGAUUUUAUUCCGGUACCCUUUAACUAUAUCCCAGCUUCAGAUAGAAGAAUUUCGAAGGCUGAGGACACAUGUUAAAGGGGCAGAACUCGUAGAAGGCUGUGAUGGUAUUUUGGGAGACAACUUUCGCCCCACUCAGCCCCUUAGUGACAGAGUUAUCAGAGCUGCAUUUCAAUAACAAAGAAAACAGGAACAGAUCCAUCUUCAUCUGGGAGGAAGACAAUGGUCCAAUAGUGAUGAGAAACGGAAACUUUUGACCUGCUGCUUCAGUUUAUCUACAGAGCCUGCAUUAUCUGCCUUCAUUCAACGCAGCCUUGAUGGACCUCUAUGACAGCUGCCUGUGCACACGCUCUAAGGAAUAUUAGAAAAGGCUCUACAUACAAAAGAAGCCCCAUGUUAUAUAUCCACAUCACUGCUGUUAGUAUUCCUAUUUUUACACAUGCUUUCUUAUAUGUAGAAGGAAUGAAACUAGUUUUAAGAGUUGUUAUUAAUAUGAAUAUAUAUCAUGUUUUAAUAUUGAAGCGGUUAGGAAAAGUGCACUCCCAGCAUUAGUAGCCUUUCAUUUCCUGUCUCUUGUUCAUUCAGAGAAUAAUAUAACUCCUGAUAAUAAAAUAAUAAUUCUGAUCAAGGAGAGCAUAGAGCUUCAGAAUGCAAUAUGAAGGGUUAGUGAAACAUCAUGUCUAAUGCUGUUUUUCAGUAUCCAUAUCCCAGUGAAUGUCAGACUGGCUUGUUAUAGAAAAUAUUUUGGGAAUUAAUGCAACAAUAUAAUAUUUUAUAUAUUAGUUCCUUAUUUAAAGGAUUUCAUUGAAUAUUUGAGUUUAAUCAUUAUAUUUAUUUGACGUAUUAGAAGCUGUAGUUUCUAGAAAUGGGGGAAAUAUAUAAGAAAUAAGUUGGAUAGAAAGAAGAUGGGUAUAAGCUACCAGGAAGUAGCUUUAUUUUCCAUGAAUAAAAAUAUAAAUUUAAUAGUAUCUGCUAUUAAUUUAAUGUUGUACACUUUGUAAGACUUUAAAAUAUUUCACUUCUUCAGUAUGUUAGAACAUUUCUUUCAAGGAUGACAAAUAUUAUCCUCAUUUUAAUUAAUUUUAAAUGCUACUAGCAAAUUUCAGCUUAUACUUAUUCCAGUUAGAGGUGACAAUGAGAUAAUUUAUAUGAAGCAGUAAGUGUAGUGUUUGGUACAAAGUAAGUACUUAAUAAAUGUUAUUUUUUGUUGUUAUUGCUGUAAAACUAAUGACUUCAGUAACAGUUCCAAUUUGAAGGGAAUUUGUGGCAGAAUAUCCAAGUUAGAAGUUCAAAUAAUACUGGUGAGGUAGGGGUGUGUUCAGAGACUUCAGAUGCAUUAGAUAGAGGUCAUAAUAACGAAAUCAUUAAAUACAAAGAAAAAUCACCCCAAGUAUCCCUGAAAAUGAAACCAAAGAAGGGGCCUCAGGGAGAGGCAAGGACUAGAGCUGGGUCCCAGUGAGGAGACGUGGAGCUGGUGGAGGGUUGGUGUCUGCGGGUGGCUUGGGGCCACCUGGGGCAGCAUCAGACAGAGCUGCUCGGAGGUGGGGAGAGGCCCUGGAUUCUUCCUCUCUGUAGCUUCUUCUGUACCACAAUGCAGAAAUGGCAAAGCAUGGUUGCAAAACUGUGACGUUUCUCAAUAUGACCUCUUACAGGCUAGUGCUUUUACCACACACAUGCCCAGCACUGGUUGCAGGGGCAGGCUCAUGUAUAGUUAGCAUCAAGCCUGGCUUCGAAGCCCUUUGUGAAAGAGAGGCCAGUAAAUGGCACUCCUUGGGGGAGACCCUAUGUCCCAGCUCUGGGGAAAACACUGAAAGGUGCCCAGGCUUCCCAUUCUCGGUGUUGGUGCCCAGCAGCCAGGGGCUGUUAUCAGACUUGACUUACGAUGCUUCUAGCAGUCUUUUUCUUGCCCUGAAAAAUACAAACUAAACACACAUACCAAUAACAACGAAAGAAACCUCAGUCAAAUGACUUUCAGGGUAGUAUGUAGUGUUCCCAUAUCUCCCAUUCCUAUAAGAGUUGUUUAAUAUUUUUGUAAUUGAAGCUAAUGAAUUUAUUUAGUAUAUUUUCUGAGUCAAAAUAUUGAAAUGAGCUACUUGGAUUGGAUCAGGGUAUCCUUUACUGAGAUUGUGCUGAGACCUCAUAUUCUUUAAUGUAGAAAAUCCCUUCAUUCCACAAUUAGGUAGUUCAGACUCAGAACGUGUUUAUGGUGAUGCUUUUGUAGGAAUAAACUAGAAAGGGGUAAUUUGUCAAUCAACAAAAGUGCAAGUUAACUGUUCUUAAAUCUAUCCUGUUUUGAUGGUGGGGUGGGAAAGAAAAGAAAAAAAGGUGUGUGGGGCCCUGAUAUUGGGGGAGGAGCCUCCUAAAGCAGAAGUGGGCAGUAGUGUACUAAGGAUAGACUACAGAUUUCGCAGAUUUCAGAAUUUAGUUUACGGUGGAUAUUGUUUACCUAACAGAAAAAAAACAGGCAACAAACCGAGGUGUUUUUCCACAUAGCUACACACAUGUAAGUGCCUCUGAUUCACGUUAAGUAAUGUGCUUGCUGGUGUGUAAGAGUAUUCUCAGAUAAUUUACCAGUUAAUGUAAUUUGAGUCUUGUUCUCUUGGUCAGUCCAGCUUAAAGAUUAAUUCAUCAAUUUUAUUGAUUUUUCUUUUGUUGCUUCUUUAUUCUGCUUCCAUUCUUUAUUUCAUUAAUUUCUUCUCUAAUCUUUAGUAUUUCCUUUCUUCUUCUUGCUUUUGACUUAGUUUGCUCUUUUUCCAGUGUCUUAAGGAAGAUUGGGUUAUUGAUUUUAAAUCUUUCUCUUUUUAAAAUAUAGACAUUUGCUUCUGUAGUUUUCUCUCUGAACACUACUUUAAUUGUAUUCCAUAAGUUUGGGGAUGUUGUGUCUUCAUUUUCAUUGAUAUCAAAAUAUUGUCUAAUUUCUCUUGUGAAUUUAGGAGAGUGUGUUUAUCUCCACAUAUUUGAUUUUUCCAAAUUUCUGUUCUUGAUUUCUAAUUUCCCUCCACUGUGGUCAGAAAAUAUCCUUUGUGUGAUUUCAGACCUUUUAAAUUCAUUGAGGCUUGUUUUAUGGCCUAGCAUAUAGUCUAUCCUGGAGAAUGUUCCAUGUACACUGAGAAGAAUGUGUAUUCUGCUAUUGUUGGGAGGUUUGUUAUAAAGAGGUUUGUUAGCUUUAGUUGGUUUAUAGUGUUAUUCAGAUCUUCUGUUUCCUUGUUUAUCUUCUGCCUAGUUUUUCUAUCCAUUAUUGAAAGUCAGAUACAGAAACUGAAUUGUCUAUUCCUUCCUUCAAUUCUGUCAGUUUUUGCUUCAUGUAUUGUCAUGGAUUGUGGGGCUUGGUUGUUUUUAAAAACAGAUGGUUACAAUUGUUUCAUCUUCAUGAUGGAAUUAUCCUUUUAUCAUUAUAAAUAGUCCCUCUUAAACUCUAGUAACACAUUGUUUGAAAAUGUAUUUUGGCAGGUAUUAAUAUAGUAUAUA